AGUGAUGGAACGCAUGGCUCAUGAUGCACUUCCUCGGUGGGACGAAUAGAAGAGUAGGUCUGUGACUGAAAACAGAAAAUAGGAGAAACAAGCAGGAGAAAUCGUCGUGACCGUGAGUGACUUUCAUCAUUGUGAGCGCUGAUGUCCUGUCGUCAUGCGAUAGCAGGUUCAAUCUGAUGGGCUUUCGGAUAUGGACUGUGUCUAGGUAUACCUUGUCCAGCGCAGGUGAAGCGGUGAUCCUGUAUCGCUGCGAGUGCGACAAAGAAGUAACUGCCAUGCCUCACUUUUUUAUCAGAUGAAGGGCACUUCGUUGUACAACCAGAAAACUCCAGCCUCUUUCGGUUGCGAUGCAGCACCCAGACCUGAUGAGACCUUGCCCGUGGAACAAAACAAAACUCGUUCAGUAGCUGCUGGUCGAGGCUUCCUGUUCUUACUGGGAAAUUAUUCGCUGCUUUCGGGUUGCUAGGCCUAGGCACCGCCGGAAGUCAACAUCUUUCCUAGUAAGCGGAGGCGACGUCGAGAGAAAAAACCACGAUGCCGAUGCGAUUGAAUUUGUUCGCUCGAGCGGCUAACCGAGAUCCCGCACCAGAGGCGGUUCGAUUGCAGGAAAAUGCCAUCGUUUGGAAAGACAGGCACAACUUCUAAAAUGGCAAUGAAUAGUACAGAUGAACCUCGCGCUCGCUGGUCUUCAUUAUAAAUAUAUUUAUUUAGAUAUAAUGGUAUAGGCAUAUGCGUUUGUGCAUCAUCAUGACGAGCGAAAUUGGCUCAUUUUAUUUCAAUCAAUUAAUGUCGAUUUAGUCCUAGUUCUUCUUGUUUUUUAGAUUAAACCUCAAGAGAACUUGUUUGAUGUUUUCCUCUCCAUAUUUCCUUAUGGCUAUGCGCAUCUACUGUAGGUGCCUCCCUCUAUCGGGUGUGUUUUCUGCUGCGGGCAUACAGGAUGUCGUGUUUGAGGAAGUGGCAUUUCCUCACCUCCGCAACGCGCUGUCAAACAAGCAGAAUGUCACUUUCCUUUUUUACGGCGCAGCAGGCUCGGGAAAAUCGUAUUUUCCACUACUAGAGCACUUUUUUUCAUUUGAAGAUAGAUGAACAUGAACAUCAUGAAGCUUAUGCUUACAAUGAAUUGCCCCGGCUUACAACUAAGUACUUAGUGGGGAUAACAACAUGGUCAGUUGUAGUAUCCUCAGAUCAAUGUCGAUCAUAAUUCAUCGUCGUUUGCUAUCUUUAUCUUGCGUCCAGGAGCAACAUGAUCAACAUGUUGUUCAUCAGCAUUCUUUUUAUCAACCAUAUGCAACAGAUACACGAUGGACGGCGGGUGGCUGUGCAGCGAGGAGAACUUGGAAGAUCAUGGCAUGGUUCCUCGUACGAUGCAUUACAUGUUCGCGACAAGAAAAGAUCACGUAGAGGCAAGUUUUGUUGAGUUUAAUGACGGCGUGAUGCGCGAUCUCCUCUCAACACACGACGGGGUUCCCAAAGUUACAACGUCAACAACCACGGGCGUCGGAAGCCACGGCGUGCCAACUACCUCUCCACAUAACCCAGCGCCACGAACAUCUAGCAUCGAUAACGCGAUCAGGAUAAAGUGUGACCAGGGUACAACUACGUUACAGAAUUUCCUGGCUCACAAGGUUGAUGCAACGAAAAUAGGACUAAGACUCGGAGGCAAGAAUGUGCCGAAUAGAUUCGCAUCAUCAAAACUCGUUUCGAACAACCACAAAUCAUCUCGAAUAUGAUUCUUUCUCUUUGUACCGCCUAAAGUAAGAAGUACUUUCCAAUUCCAGUCGUGCUACUCGAUUUUACAACAGGUCUACAAAAGUUGCGGGAGGCUUAUGCAUAUGGGACAAGUCGGCGGAGUGGACAUGCUGCUUCUUGUUUUCAGAUUGCAACGUUUGACAGAAAUGGUCAGAAAACACUAAUUCGUUUCAUAGAACUCCGUUCGGCAGAUCCGACACUCCAGAGCCCAGCUGCGUUUCAGUUGCAACAAAACGUGAAGAUCCUCUCCGAGGUACUACUCCUUAUCAUAAGCUUAAUCUAGUACCAAGGCAUUAUCAAUAAUUAUAUAUAAUGAUCUAGUACUAUUUCUACUAGCUUCAACAAGCUUCGCCCGGCUUCAGGUUUAGCUUUGGCAGUUCGCCGCCCACGGGCUACAGCUAGAGACAGCCCACGGGUUCGCUUUAGAUAGUUCACUUCGAAAAAUUGACUACGGCGAGACUUUCGGCGCUAACCGACUUAGAUACGUUGACCCCUGGGCAGGGAAUUUGCAAGACUGACCCCCACGGUAGUCCAACAAAAAGACCCGAAGAGCGCCGCCGUAUCUUCAGGACCUGCAGGCCCCCGAGCUUCAGGACCUGCGGGGCCUCGGUGGCAGGCAAGAAGGGCGACCCUGAUGGGUCAAGAAAAAGCACGCAUAAGCGUACUUUCUGGGUCUAUCUGCGUGCAGCUGGUAGGUUAUCUUGCUUUGUCAGGUGUCUUGUGUCGGAUGUCUUCCGUCAGAUGUAUUUCGUUAGAUGUGUUUCGUCGGAUGUUUUUUCGUCAGAUGUGUUGCGUCGCGCGUCUCUCCCCAGACGUGGCUCGCCAGGUUAGUUUAGACGUCUUUCGUCAGGCGUCGGGCGUCUUUCGUCUGACGUCUUUUGUCCGGUGUCUUGCGUCAGGCCCAGACGCUUUGCGCCCGACGUCGGUCUUCCGUCAGAUGUCCCUGCUUCGCCAGGCGCCUUUCGUGACGCGUCUCUUGUGAGAUGUCCUCUGUCAGAUGUCCUUCGCAGGGCGUCUGUCGUGAGACGUCUCCUGUGAAAUGUCUUGCGUCAGAUGUCUCUCGUCUUGUGCCGGAUGUUUUUCGUGUCGUCGGUCAGAUGUUGUCUUUGGUCAGUCUUCUUUCGUCAGACUUCUAUCUCCAACUUGCGCGCCUACCGUCGUCGGGAAUUUUUCCGGCAUCUUUUUUCGAAGUAGGCUCGGGGGCCUUCUCGUAAGCUACCGAAAGAAAACGGUCGGAGACCGUCGGGGCCGGAGCUAGAGGGGAAGGGGCCGGAGAGUAUAGGCAAGGACUCCGACGAAGAUGCGAACUAGUCUCCGGUAUGAUAUGAGGCAGGGAGUUUUGUGGUCUCCGGUAUGAUAUGAGGCAGGGAGUUUUGUGGCAGUGACCAGUGGGCUGAUUAAGCUAGAUUAAUAACCUAGCUCAAUGAUUAAGAAUGUUAACAUACUUGUUGCAAUGUUUUAGGACUAUCAAUUAUACUAAUUUGCACCAGCAUGCCGAGGUAAGCAUAAAUAACUUUUAGUAAAUGACGUUGCCGCGACUUUAUAAUGAUAGACCUCCUUCUUGACGACAAACAGUACUACAGCUUCGUGCUAGCGGGUACUUUUUUACUAACUUAAGCAGAUAUGAAAAACUGUUCGUCGAUAAUGAUGACCACGCAUGCCCUCUACUUACAGUGCUUGCAGUCGGCGUUAAAGCCAUCAGGAGUGCCGGCCGGGUAUUCUCAGAGGAGUUAUCUCACAAGCCUGCUACAUCCGACAUUUUCAGGUAGAAAGAUGUCUACUUUGUCAUUGAAUUGCACCUCUGUGCGCGUUUAUUUUUGAAAGGAGGUGCGGCGCAUGUAUGCGUUGUCGUGUGGAAUGGGAUUGUACAACGAGCAAAAAUUAUGUACAAGUUAUAUAUAGUCCAAGAACCGAUAUUAACAAUUGCUGCUGAGCAGCUUAUCCUGAAUUCUUGAAUAAUUCUUUUUAUUCUUGUACGCACAGGUACCGCAAGUCUGAUUGUCACAUUUUGCCUUCGCCUAGACCGUGAUAGUGAGAUGCAGACGGCAUAUCCGCUCUUGCAACUACUGUCGGAGCAUGCGCUUCUGACUGGUUGUGGUGCGCUUCGGCGGAACCAGGACUCUGAGGACUAUAUUAGGACUUCCUCCAUACCCCACCAACGUUAUGUACAUGCAAGGGAAGUAGGAGUCCUGGACGACAACAUCCUACGCGACCUGGAGCAGCACCAGCUCGAAGCACAACACACACACAGCGCUCAGCAGCCUUUGCUGCAGAGCGGGCAAAAGGAAUUAUCAGAAGCGACGGGGGAGGAAUCGCGCUUCAAUGUAGAUGCCGUCGUAAACGCUAUGAUAUCCAGUUGCGCCGCUGUCAGCAGCGAUACUAGCGAUAAAGCCUCCAGUUUCAAGACGGGAGUGACCGCGUCGACAGCAACGUCGGGUCUUCUUGAGGAAACAGGCGGGUCAAGUAGCUCCUGCUUUUCUGAGGGUCCUAUAAGAGGAGACCACCACCACAGUACUAGUCUUAGUCAGCACGCAAGCCGAGAAAGUAGCAAGAAGAGUGUAGCUGUCGCCCCUGCUUCAGCUUUGGGGAGUUAUACUGUCGGCGGUUCUUCGUCUUCUACUGCGCAGUGGCCACCAAGCCGUGAGAGCCAAAAGGUCGACGAUCCCGCUACCUCGACUAAGAUUAUGGAGCGACCCAAAAAUGGAGGUUCUUGUAUUGAAGGAGGAAUCAACUCCGCCGCGAGCUUACCAGGGGAGGAGGAGAGCGUGAGCCUUAGCGAGCUACCGCAACACGCCUUCAUGGAUUGUGAGCGGUAUUGGGAGAGCUCCGCGAAACUUCUGGACUUGUUGCAUAGUAGAGACAUCCCGACACAUGAAAGGGCAAUCCAGGAGAUCUUGCGAAGUUUGUACCAGCUCGAGGAGCACCGCGCUUUGACGCAUGCAGGCCGAGUACACGGCCCCGAUGAGCGAGAGACGAGCUUGAAGAUGCUGCUAGAAAAAGUCACGCUCUCUGCGGUCCUCGGACAGGCCAUGCAAUUUCAGUACGCGGAAUGCCUCGAGUUCCUGCGUAUCUUCGUAAAAGGACAGGCUGCCGCGAAACCAAAACCGCGCUUCGCCGCGGCUCCGACCGCAGUACGGUGCGCUUUAGAGACACUCAGAAAAGUAGCGCAGAAGGAGAUGGGUGAAGUCGGCUAUUGUUGUAUUGGAAGGCCCGAUGAUGCACCUGCACCUGAAACUGGCGGUGGUGAUGAUACAACAUCAACAGGCAGUGGUAGCGCAAUUGCUUCAGCGACUAACUCAUCCAAAGGGUCGGUCGGAAGCGCUCUAUUGGGGAAUUUUCGGGGAGCAUCGUCAAAAAACUCGGUGAAAUCAUCCCAGAGUGGAAUUGAUGGCGUUUCUGCGAUCCCUCGCCUGGAGCUGGAAAAAUUGCCGCCACCUGUGCCUGGCGAGCAAGACCGGCCUUGCUACAUCGUAAACCCCCACAGUCUAGACGUGGACGAUGACGAUGAUGAGAGUGGUGGCCAGCACGCUGAUGGCAGUGCCAGCGAUUUUGGUCUCGCCAGUGCGCCAGGCGGCGGUCCAACGCCUUCCGCUGUCGGUGCAGCUUCGUCUUUUGGAAAAGCCGAUAAUAGAUAUGCGCCUUCAGAGAGAAAUUCUAGCAAACUGUCGUGUUCUUCGUUCGGGUUGCUCCAGUCUCGAGAAGAGAUUUCGCAAAGCAGUCCCACUGAUCCACACUAUGCUCUUGCUGCAAAUGCGCGAUCCCGCGAACAAUUUGUUGACGACUAUAGUUGCACCUCAGAGGAUCUUGACGAGUUUCUUGGCGGAAAAUCGCGCGUGUCCUGUGGUGGGGCAUGUGCUACCAGUGGUCAAAAUCUAGGUCUUUCAUUAGGACACACCAAACAAGGGAACAACAGUAAAAGGGCAGGCCAAGGAGCACUCGCUCAUAAAUCAAGUGCUGCACCUCCGCGAGUUGGUCCGGGGACUACAGGACAGUCUGGUCCUUCAGGGAAACUCGGCCGCCAGGAAGCCGCACGCGCUUCUUCUGCAGCACCGGGUGCCGUCUCGCCAAGCAGCGCUUUGCUGCCUGCGGAAAGGACGCUCGCGCAUACACAGUCCUACAGCCGCCUGGGCGGUCCUAUGCCAUCGGGAGCUCUGCGUGGUACCUCGAUCUCAGCAGGGUCAACAACACUGAACAACAGAGGGUCAGCGUCAGGCGGUCUUGAUCAGCCAACGAAGUCAGCUUCUGCCUCGGCCGGAACGAGAAGUGUCCUCACAGGCACAAGCUCAGCAGCGUUGCUCACACGGAGUCCUUUAUACCCAGGAAAUCCAGCUCAAAAUCGGCGACUAAGUCCUACACCGCUUCCUGCCGGCUUAUUCUUUUCCGGUGCCGGCUCAACGGUGUCGGGUGCAAGCAGCGUGGGCUCAGGUGUAGGUGCGGCUCGUGGUUCCAGUGUAGCCGUCUCGAAAUGCGGACGACGGACGGCCCCUACAUCAAGGUUUGGCGGACCUCUAGGCGUGACUGGCACGACUGGAGGAGCUUCGCCGCAGCAUCCGGCUAGCGCUCUACAGCAGUGGCGAAAAACGCAUUUCGCUGGUGCGCGUGGAGGCGCUCUCGCUGCAGCCUCGGACCCUAGCUCCGUUGCGUCCUCAAACCGCAGCUCCCUGGCACAAGCGCGGUAUCCUACCCGCAAGGGCUCGUCGUCAGCGUCAGCGGGCGGUAGCGUACCUUGUGGAUCGGUUGACCCUUCUGCUGGAAGUACGGCAGCAGAGAGCGUUGCGUCUUCAGGAGGCGCAGUGGCAGCAGGAGUGACGGUCCACGAAGACCAGAAUGUAGUACCGGACGCCACUGAUCCUGUGCUGUCGCAGCCUGCUUCCGCUGCAGGAGUCGCAGUAUCAAUGCAUCAGCACGCACCUUCACCCGUCGCUGGCGGUACGAAUAUUGUUGGCCUCGCAAGUGGUGCCAUGUCGGUCCUCGGGCCACCGCCUCAGGGGCUGUACCGACCGCACUCGCGCGGACCAGCUACCGGGGGAACGUCGACAACGGCGAACCAGCACGGCGGCAUCCUAGGAGCGUGGCCCCUCGUACGCGCAGUAAGCCCUUCACCCAUCCGCGUCUCGACACCCUUCCAGCCGAUUCAGCAAAGACAAGCAAUAUCGGAAAAAAAAGAAAGCCCACAAGACUUUGUCGGCGGCGCCGUGUCUGGUACGAGUCCUCAUGAGCACGACAAUCAAACUAUCUCUGGUGCGGCCGUUGAGAACAUCAAAAACGAUGAGCAAGCCAAUGCUCGAUCGGUGGGCCAUCCUGUGCGCUUUGGCGUAGGUAUUAAGAAGUACAACGCACCACCACCGAGGAUCUUUGCGACCGGGCUGACGUCAAAGCUUCAACUUGGAACUACUCAGCAGGAUACAAGUGCAACUGGGCUUGCUGGAGCGGCGACAGAUAAUAAGUAUUCACUCUCAGUCUCAAUGCUUCCACCUUUACUCUUUACUCGAGUUGCGCAGGAACAAAAACAAUAUCAACACCUAUCAUUAUAAUGGCGCUAAGUCAACUAAGAACUGCACAAAAACGGCCACUAUUGUCGCCUCCUCGUCCUGGAAGUGCUCCGCUUAGCGGCUUUUGCAACUUGCUCCCUCUUGGUUUUUCUGUCUUUUGGUUUCGUUUCAUGUGAUUCCCCGCGCCCCUCCAGAGUCCACCGCACCAGCCUGCAAGUGUGUGCCUGGGGAUUCUGGAGGGGCGCGGGGACUUGGAGGGCGCCCGAGGUUCUUGGCUCGCAAUUGGGGGAAGGUUUUCCCGAAGCGAGCGCAGUAGGCGGCGAGUUUUCUGCGGAUUCGUAUCAUGCCCGGCAGGAUUGAAUUUUGUCCGGAUUUUUGCAGUCCUUCGUUGAAUUUUCUCCAUUCAGACUCCACUUGUCUGUGGUCAGGUUUUUCGCUAUAAUCGGAGAGGUUUGAGGCAAUCCGCCUGAGGUUCUUCGUUCUUGGGCCUUUUGGUCUUGUUCAGUGUUGGACUUUUGACCACCCGGCGCCCCGAGGCUCUCGCGCUGGGUGGGAUUAGUUACAAAGAGGAGCGACGCGCUGCCGCCUUUAAAUGCUGGCCAGACCACUCACGCGCGCCGCCGUGUGUGCGCAGAUUGUCGGGGGGGUUUGCUGGCGUUGUUCGCACUCUUUUGAAGUAUUUCAGCGGGGAAGUUUGCGGGGGUUUCGCCGGAAUUGAAUAAACCUCUCUACUGUUUGCCGCUUUCCUGAUCGCUAGGCCAUUUUUGAUGAAAAAACUGAAAAGAUGUCUUCAGAUUUUUUUCCAAAAAUGGCCUUGCAGUCAGGAAAGCGGCAAACAGUAGAGAGGUUUAGUCAAUUUCGUGGCAUUUCUCAAGAAGGGCUGGACCGGUUGCCGCUUGAGUUCCAAAGGGCUCGCGCCUCCUCUUUUUGUUAGGUUUCGACGGUGUGGCGUGCUCGCUGUGCCUCUGGUGCUUCCGCAGGUGGCUGAUUAGAAUGGCGCUAAGUCAGCUAAGAACUGCACAAAAACGGUCACUAUUGUCGCCUCCUCGUCCUGGAAGUGCUCCGCUUAGCGGCUUUUGCAACUUGCUUCCUCUUGGUUUUUCUGUCUUUUGGUUUCGUUUCAUGUGAUUCCCCGCGCCCCUCCAGAGUCCACCGCACCAGCCUGCAAGUGUGUGCCUGGGGAUUCUGGAGGGGCGCGGGGACUUGGAGGGCGCCCGAGGUUCUUGGCUCGCAAUUGGGGGAAGGUUUUCCGGAAGGGAGCGCAGUAGGCGGCGAGUGUUCUGCGGAUUCGUAUCAUGCCCGGCAAGAUUGAAAUUUGUCCGGAUUUUUGCAGUCCUUCGCUGAAUUUUCUCCAAUAUAAAAAAAUGACUUUAACCUUGAAAAUUGAAAACUUCAUUGCUCAACAGGUUACCAUCGAUGCGUAAAAGCCAAUCUGUUAGUACGCUCGGGGGUGUUCGUCGGGUGCCUGGCGCGCGCGGGCCCAGUCCUCAUUGGUUCAAGGCUACGAGCCCACUGCAACUCUCGCAAAUCCGAAGUAGCUCCGUUCUGCAAACGCGAUUGCAGUCCUGA